GGAGGGACUUUCGAAAUAUUUCACGUUUAGCUCCCAAGAAACACACUUUAUUGUAUAUUUAACACGAUUACCGCUGCAUUGUCAUACAAACGUAAUAUGUCUACAGUCACUGUAGUGAUGCUGCUGAGGUUUGGCUAAAUUUUGGACGAUUGCUUUACGAAGAAAGAAGAAAAAGCUAAUCAGCUAAUGCUAGUUAACGGUAUGUUUAUCAUUGUUGAUGUUAUUUGUUGUUGCUACAUUGGUCUAAACCCCCGCUUCGGUAGUGUCUGUAUACCCCUCUGUUUGAUGCUAGUCUUUAGGGGGUUAAUUUCAUGUUUUACAGUGAUAUUUGUAAUCGACAAUAUAGCUAGCAAUAAUAUUUACAUUACUUCAAGCACAUUUGUGGCUUUCCUGUUAACAUAUGGAUUUAUUACAUAUUUUCGUCUAGGGUGAUUUUACAAUCUCACUGAAAGACAAAGCACUAAUGUUGUCUCUUGACCAUGGAGCUAAAGUUGGAAGUCGUGUUAUCAUCCAGUAUCAAACGGAAGAAACCAUGGCCGCGCUUCUGCUGGCUUGGCAAGGUGAGGACAGUUCUGAUUUCAGCCACGAACUCCUAAACAUUACUACCUUUCUUAGAGGAAUAUGACUGUGAACCUGAGUCCUUCUACUCUUCAGGAAAAGGAGUCUGUAUUCCUGUUAGAUGACAAACGGAUCAGUGAGAUCAACAUGGUGUCUGGACGAACCAAGAAGAAGACUCCUAAACUUCACCCUUUGUUACACAGUGUUUUGACAAUGGCUUCAUCCCACAAUGGUAAGUUUGGUUUCGACACACAAAGCACAGUUUUUCCAUCUGCAGGGUUCGGAAACACAUGCCAUAGGGGAGAGCGGGGUAAGCUGAGCCAAAGGGUAAGUUGAGCCACCCCCUGUUGCUUGGAAAUGGUAAAAGAAAUUGAUCAUGUGACCAAAUAUAAACCGAAAAUCAACUUAUCAACUUACCCCACUCCUAUGGUCAACUAACCCCAUACACAUGUUUUUUUUUGUCAUGCUAUAUGUUUACACAGUUAUGUUUACACUCAUUCUGUUGGUUUGCAGGGAUGCACAACAUCUUUAAAUAUAUGCAGAUACACUAGUUAGAGACAAAACUAUGAUUUGCUUGACGUAGUGAUCCGGAAUAUGAAAAAUGGCUCAUCUUACCCCACUCUCUCCUUUGUCUUAUUUUUCCAGGUAUGUGGCUGUGUGGGCUUCUGGUGUCAGGAGAGCUGUUCCUGUGGAACAAGGAUAAAGACUUGUUGAAGACUGCUGCAGCAGUGCCUGAAGUAGUUCAAAUGAUCACUCACACUCAAGGUACAUACACAAAGUAUAGUAUAGGCUUGCCCUUGUUAGUUUUAGGUUCAUUAAAGCAUUCUCCUUUAUGGCUGCAAGAUCUUUAGAAAAUCAAAGAAAUAUUUAACCUGCCAUAAAAGAGAUCAGGCCUGCUAAUUAACAUUUGAUUAGUAGAAGUGCUUUUUUAUCAUUAUGGCAAAGUCAAUGCAUAUAUCCACACUUAAAUUACUCCAUGACUUUAUUUUAUUAUCCAUAUAAAUCAAUAGGUAGUUAUGAAUAGAUGUUUUUUUUAUUCUUUUUUUAUACUUAAUUAGCACUUUUAAGUGUCCUUAUUCUCAUCUUUUACCUAAAAGCAUACAUGGGUUAAUUUAUGUAUUUUUUCAUAGGUACUGCCACACGACUGUCACUCCAGGUUUCAGGCAAUGGGAUGCGAGUACUCCUCGUCGCCAUAACAGGGCAGGUGUUCCUGUGGGAGUGCAUGGAUUUUAAAGAUUUGACAGGAGUACGAGAUGGCACAGUCAGAGGGCAAUGGGCGCACAUCCAGCCUUGUGAAGACUCCAUCCUGCCCUCUGUACAAGACAAAGAAGCAUCGCUACACACUAUCUUUAUCAAGACUGAGGUCUGCAUACAACUAGAUUAGACAUCACAUACAUUUAUAGAUUUGCAUUUCAUUCUAAACUUUUAUUUGAUGCAAAUCUUUCCAUGCUAUCUCUUAGGUAAUGGGUGAUGCCUGCUUAUCAUCAUUUGUUUUCACAUCUGGGAAGAAGCUGAUCAUCACCUGCAUGAAAAUUCAGUGGGAGGAGAGCCAGAAGAGGGUGGAGUGAGUGAGAAGAACUGUUACCAACAUGAGUUUUAUCAGUUUCUACAGCAGUUCAACAAAUAUAUUUUUUUGUGUAGUUCUGUAGGAUACAGUGUACAGUGGGCAACCAAGACAUACCCCUUGUCUCGUCUCACUCCAACCUGCCAACCAGUAAAGUCAAGAGGGGCCUUGGUGCCUGCUUUUUCUCCAGAUGGUCGCCUGUUAGCUGUUGUCCUGAAUCAGAGACAGCCAAAGGUGAGCAUUUAGCCUUCCCAAACUAUUUUUAACUCUUUAUCUUUGCAAGUCUGUUUUUUUUUUGGGGAGAAAUGUUCACUGAGAUUUGUUUUCAUGUUUUUAUGCAGGCUACACAGGUUCUCUUUGUUAGCACACAGAAUUUUGUCACAGUAUCUAGUAGCCUUGGAGGAUGUGGGAGCAAGAAUUUGCAAAUUCCAUCGAAAUACAUAAGGUACUUUCUUUUUUCUUGAACAAUGUGAAUGUGUGCUUUGAUUUGAUCUGGGGUCAAUAUCGGUUUAUUCAGACCCCUUUUUUGCUUAGGUUAGACUUCCUGAAUAUAAAUGAUACCUAAGAAGAGUGAUAUAUUUUUAGUUUCUUCAGCAUGUGUGAAAAAAUGUCUAUACAAGUUUGUAAAGGCUAUCUUUGAUGAUAUUUUAUUAAGACAAAAGCUGUACAUCUUGUCUUUUAGGUCCUACUGGGUGGGAAGUUUGAGUUGGUCCCCUGGUGGUCUUUUCCUGGCCUGUGUUUUGAAGAGGGGCUCCCUUCUUAUGCUUUCUCGCCUCGGAGGCCUUCUGACUCUGUCCAGCUCUGGUUGUAGUGUUGAUUUUGGGCCUGCACACUUUUUACCCCUGCAUCCACUCGUCACUUACCGGUAAGAUUUAUUUCUUUUUUCUAAGGAUUACUACCCAGGCUUUCAUUGCCUUUAGUCAAAGACGCUGACACUGGAUUAAAUAGGAAACAGGGAAGAGAGAGUGAGAGAUGACAUACAACAAAUGGCUGAUGUUUGGAUUUGAAUCUGCGCCACCUGCGACUAGGAGAGGGUGCUUGAAUGAACCACUGAGCUAAACCAGCGGCCUGUUUAUCAACUCUUACACCUAAUGCAAGUUUUCCAUUUGUUUAUGUUGUUGUCCCUUGUUGUUAUUAAGCUUUAUUUAUCUGUAGCCAGAUUCUGAUGAUUUACUUGUGAUUAUAUUAUUGAUCAGUCUUGAUGAUUGCUUUACUGUGUCUACUUAUUGUCUUGUUUUUUUUAGAUAAAAUACAUGAAAAAUGGCAUGUUUUAUUUUACAUAUAAACUGCUGAGUUAAUGAUUUUCCUUGUACAAAAUCUGAAAUCUGUCAUAUCAUUACUUUUGUGCCAAAGAUGCAGUUUUAAUGCAAUGUUUUAUCAGAACGACAGUCUUGAAACAGAGUUAAAAAUAAAGUAUUAGCUGAAAAGAUAUAGUGUAAAAGAAAAAGUACAGAAAAACUCUUAUACUCUUCGUAAAAACUCACUUUGAUUAUUAAUAUAGUUCAUGGUUGGCUCUGUUGAUUUUCUUGCCUCUUUGAUAAUUAUUUUCACUUUUUCUCUCAAGGCCACCACAGUCAGCUUGCAACAAGGAGGCCUCCCUGUCCAGCUCCACCUUGUCUGUGCGGGAUGUCUUAAGGCAGCGCUUUUCUGUCACCUGGCACCCACGGCUGCUAUAUCUCAUCGUGUCUGAUGGCUACAUGGCGACUGUGAUGAGGGUUUUAGAUAAGCCCUCACCCGCUCUGUUGCUAAAAACACUUGUAAAGGACACAAGGAGGGAACUCGAAAAGGCUAGUCGGGUCUUGGAUAAAUCACAGGUGGUAAAACAGACACUUUUUAUGAAACUUCUGUCUAAACUCUCUGCAGGGAUAUUCUUAACUUGAUGGAUUUUUUACAUCCUUAUUUUCAGAUUCAUGUGAGAGCAUGGCUGGAGUCUGUAUCCAGUUUGGAUCUUGACUCCAACUCAGAGGUGUUUCACCCUACUCUUCCCCAUGGACCCAACACAACAGGCUCUGUCUUUUCAUCUGCCACAGAUGGAUCUGCUUUACCACUUUUUCUGCAGGACCAGGGGACUUUGGGUGGGACUAAGGAGCUCCUUGAGAAAAUGCAGGUUGGUUAAAUUGCAUCUACUAGAAAAAAAAAUGAUAAUCCUUAGCAGUAAUGUGCCUUGGCAGCUGUUUAAAUUGCUACAUUUAUUUGUAAUAGAUGUAUUUUUGUGUGAUUUUUUAGACUUUCUUUGAGGAUGAUUCUGACUUUGAUGGACCUCCCGCUGGUUCUAAUUUGGAGGAUGGUGGCCAUCUGGAGUUUGCCUCAAUGUUUGACACAAUUCACGCUCUGGACACACAGACCAACACUGGAUUAAUCACUAGCCCUGACUCUGACAAGGACUCUGUUGAUACAGGAAGAAGGACUCCUCCUCUGCACCGUGAGCUUGGCAAAAUCCAGAGUAAGCUCUUAACAGCGUGGGCUUUUGGCAUGUCUUUGGAAAGCGCUGUUGAACACAGAGCUCUUCUGCUAAAGCAUACCCUCUACUGUGUGGUGCGAUAUGCUGCUUUACUCCGAUUGGUCUGUGAGGGAAAAAAGAACUCCACCGAUUCCUCCUGCCUUCUGAACCUUCUUAAAAACCUCCUCUCCUUCCUUUCCUGGGAUAGCGCUCACUCAGAUGGACCAUGCUGCCUGGGACUUAUGGUGGAGCUCAGUAAACGCUUGAUACACCUUCAGCUGACCCCUCACCCUGACUCCUAUCAGACUGAUCUCUAUCAGUUAUCGUCCUGUAGUCUGUCCUUAGUCCUUCUCAUCUUGCAGCUGGUGUCAGACUCUCUCGACCAAACAUACACCCUGCAGCAGAAAACUCUCUGGUCCUCUGAAAAGUCUGAAUCUCAAGAACCACAACCCUGGUCCUCAGAUGUUCACCGUGUGCCAGUGUUACAGAAUGAAAAGGUGCAGGAAUCCAGCUCCAUGUUUCAGGUCCAAACUGUUCCCCAGAGACCAUCCAGCAGGUACAGGUUAUCACUGCAGCUUUUAGUUUAUUAACAAAGAGUCAAUAAAAUGUACCAAGUCUGAGUAUACCAGAUACUUUAGAAUAUACCAGAUUUCUGAGUGUCUUUUUAUGAUUAGAUUGUUGGGAGUGUGGCAGUGGGUCUAUGGGAUCACCCAGCAGUAUGUGGAGGAACUGAAAAGCUUUCAAGGCUGUCAUGGCUGGGAUGAGGAGCGACAAGAGUCAUCCGUCAUCAUGUCACAGAUCCAAAAAGCUCUGCAAGCUACAGGAGAAAGGCUUGAGGAGGGUCCUGCACUGCUGAGUUACCCAGGUAGAACCAUUUAUAAACUGUGGGAAAAGAACCACUUCAAAUUUGUGUUUGAACAAGCCUAAAAUGUUAUUGUUUACUGUCAGUAAAUCACACUCUUAUCCUCAGGUGAACAUCUUUUCCUGUACGGCUCAUACAUAGAAAGUUCAAAUACAUGGCGAUCACAAAUUUGUGAAGAAAGAAAGAAAAGUAAGAACCAUUUUUUCUACUCUUCCAUUAAAUUGAACCCCACAAUUACAUUUAGCUCAAAAUGGUAAUAACUGUCCCUCUGUUAGACUGUGAUCGUAGUGUCUUCCAGGAGACACGCCUCUGUCUCGCGCUCCUUUACAGUCUGUUAUCUGAGUAUCAGCUGAGAGAAGCCCAGGAGCUGGGGGACCACAUGGCCGGCCUCAUCCUGCACCGGGCUGGAUAUCAGAAGGACAGCAUGGCUAGUGUAACAGGUCAGCCAUUGACAAUAAUUCUUGUUGCCUGUUAAAGGGUUUGCAUAUGUUCGCAAGUUUAUGGCAUUAAGUUGAAGACAGCAGAUAGAAGAUUUUUUCUUUUUUUCUUUUCUUUUUAAAUUCUCUAUUACAUAUUAUAUAAAUUCUUUCCCCCUCCCUCACAAAAGUAUUUUUGUAAAUGUUUUAUUUUUUAUCUUUUUGUUGUUGACGUUGUUUCUGUUGUUGUCGUCACUCUGUUUUGUUGUCAAAUAAAAAAAAAAAAUAGUUGAAGACAGCACCUACUUACAAAUGCUUCCAACUUUCAACAUUAACUGAUUAAUUUAAAGCUGUCAUUCCCAAUUUUUACAUCUAGUUAAAAUUAAACUUCUCUCUAAAAUAAUUACUCUGACUUUAAUCAACAUGAUGAAAAUUGACAAUCAAGUAUAGACACCAAGUUUGAGAAAACUUUCUCUGUCCAGGGUUCCUGCAUAAGUAUGAAAAGUAUGGAAGUAGUUUGAUCAUUUUCCACAUCUUAAAAAGUAUGAAAAAUGAAAAAUAAAGUAUGGAAAAACAUUUAUUUAUCCAGACUAUUAGCACAGUUCAAAAAUAAUGUUUUCUAUAAUAGAAAAGUAGGUAUUUCCAAAAAUAAUUCUAAAAAGUAUGGUAUGGAAAAAUAUGGAAAUUCCAACUGUGUUGGACCCCUGUCUGUCGUGCAUUUUGAUUAGAGUAAAUUUUGGUGUUAUAUGGUUUUCUUUCUCGCCCUGCAGCAGACUCUUUUCCCUGCCCAUGGCUGCCAGUGGACCUGCACAGUGAAGCAGCGUGUGCUGUGGUACAGUCUCUGGGGAGAUUCAUGGUCUCGUAUUUUGCUAAUCAACCCCUAUAUAUCCUACCCCCUCAUAAUGUUUCGGUUUUACCUCCACUUCAUCUACCUCAUGGUUUGUUUCAGUUAUUUUUCUCAAUAAUGAAGAUGAUUCGUUAAUUGAUUAUGCCAUUUUGAUAACAGAGCCUUUCUUAGCUCCUAGUGUUGGGCGCUUGGUGCCGCUGUGCCAGGAAGAGGUGGCUAAAGCAGUGCGACAACAGCAGCUGUCUGAAGUGUGGACGGUAGACUACGCUCAGGACCUGCUACUGCUUGGGGGUCUCCUCCCUGAGACAGUGUGGCUAGCUUACCAUCUAGGGGACUGGAAGACAGCAGCAUCUCUCAGCCUGGCUUAUUCAAGUUACUGCACUGAGCACUUUGACUUCACUCGGUCAGUUUAAAAGCAUAAUCAAGAAAGGAAUCAGUGUGUGGUUUGAAAUUGUCGCCUUUUUCGAACCCAUAAAUGUUCAAACCUGCAUAAUUGGCAUUUCACUGGGGUUAUUUACAGGUUCAGGAGGAGAGAGCUCCACCUCCCAACAGAUUUAGAACCACAGAGCAUUUUCCAGGCUGAACUGGAAAGUCUUCUUGGCAACACGUCUGACUCUCAGGAUGACAAGAGUCUCACAGGUUGGUGAGGCCUUUCAACUUAACCAAAAAAAUAUUAAAAAAAGAGAUCUUUGGUUUUUACAUUUGUGCUGUCUUAACUCUUUUUACUAGACCUACUGGAAGGUGAAGACUGGGAUGUGUUGCAGAUUUCCGUUCAGGAGAUUCUUAAGGCUUCUGUCAUGGCUGGAGUGAAUGUUUUGUCUUCACCCUUGUCUUCUUUGCUGGAGACAGCUAAAGAGAUGUGUGCUUGCCUGCCUGCUUUGGCGCCAAAUGAACUAUAUCUGCCUUCCCCGCCUCUCUAUUGCCCUCAGCCUUCACCCAACACACAGGUAUUACAUCUAACAACAUAAAAAAAUCUACUUUUGCACCCCUAGAUUAGUGCUAUUGUAAUAAAAUGUUGUUAUUGUUUCAUGUUUAGGACCCAGUACGGACAAUGGGGUAUUUUGCAGAAGUUGUGACGCGUCACCAAGUGUCUGGAGUGCUUCAGAGAUUGCUGAUGCUUCUGAGAUCUGCACGCUGUUGCCGUCCUGCUGCUCAGUGGUACAUCACUAAUCUGAGACGUGGCAGACAUAUACUGCACAAGGUGAUUUACUGCAGACUUUUUAUUGAAAUAUAUAUAUAUUUUAUUAAGUGAUGCGAAACCGAACAUGACAGGUAAGGGACAACAAACUAAGAAACAAAUGGGGGAGACAAGACAAGACAAGACAAGACAAGACAGACACAAGCUAGGAUAACAGUGUGUGUGUGUGUGUGUGUGUGUGUGUGUGUGUGUGUAUGUAUGCCUAUAUAUGAGUGCUUGUUUUGGGGAGUUAUAUUAAACAGAUAACAUUUAAAAAUAAUAAUACUAACUAAUAAAAGUAAAAAGAAUAAUGCGACAGAACAAAGGGACAAAGCAAAAACUAAAUAAAUGAAAUUAAGAAACAAAAAAAUAAAUAAAUAUAUAUAAAUAUAUGCAUACAUAUAAAUAUAAAUAUAACUCUUUUUAAAAAAAUAUUCCCUCCUUUUUUUUUUCCUUUUUUUUUUUUACUGCAGACUUGAAAUAAGAAGAAUGAGACACUGGCUUCAUUGUUCAAAUUUUCUGCUUUACUUAUGAAAGAAACUUCUAUGAAAGGUAGCUGACAAUAACUGUUACAUUUCAUAAAAAACAAUGCAGAGUCUUUUAAUGUUAUAAAACAUUAAAAAUUAAACAAGAAUACACUCAAACUAAGAAUUAUUUGUGGAUUUGUUUUAUUCGUCAGUGUUCUAAAGCUAUUUCCUCACCUGCUUACUAAAUAAAUAUUCCUAAAUAAAAAGCAGGAAUUAUCUCUUUGCUCUCUCUUUUUCUACACUGCUGUCUGUCUUCUUUUCAUAACUGUCUUCAUAAUCACAGGGGGGUACAGGGAGGCAGAGCACAGCCUCACCUGUCAGGGGCUGAGCUCCAGCCCAAACAGGCUUGUCUGGGACAUAAAGGGGCUGAGCUAUAUAACUUUUGGGAACAGUGCAUACUGGGCCGGAUUUCCUCACUUAUCCUUUUCAUUAGUACUUUGUGUUGAUUUGAAUUCGUGUUUUUGCAGAUCAAAAAGAAGUACUCCUGUCCAUCGGCUGCUGAAGAAGAAAAAACUGUCCCAGAAGACCUCAUGAAGUUUGUCUCCCGUAGUGGAUUCUUCAGAACCAACAGGGGACCCAAGAAAGACAGUCACCUGGACCCUGACACUGUUCAGACUAUUAGUAAGCUGCCAGUCAUGCUGAAUCACAUCAUUGCAUUAAAAUUAUGUCAUAAUCAGUGAUCUUCUUUCAAGUUGUCCUCAUCUACAGUAUUUUUUCUUCUAGCCUGUUUCAGGGAGCUGUGUGCUCUGUGCUGGAUGCUUCAUGUCCGGGACCAGCUCUCCAUUUCCUGCAGGAAGUAUCAAGCCACCAGACAGCGUGUCAGAGAAGAGCAGGUAUUUUAACGAUGCUCUGUGUAUUUAUGAAUGAAUAUUUCUUGGUGUUUGUAGCCACAGAUGAUGUUUAAAUCUUUUUCUCAGACCCCUAAUGACCCAGAAGUGAGAUCGACCUGUGUUGAAGCACUCCUGUGGGCCUGUCGUUUGCUGCCAUUCUCCUGCUUCCUAAAUGCUGAAGAGAUCUUGCAGGACAUAUUGCUCAGUCUUUUAUCUGAACUUCCUCCUCUCUCUCUGGUAAUAUGGCUUUUUUUUUAGCAGCUUGUUUCAAACACACAGCGUUCAUGUUCAAGUGAGACUGAGUUUGGGCUUACUACUUCACCUUGACCUUUUCUUCUUUUUUAUUAAAGGUGGCAGAUACUCUGGUAAAGGCUUUCCCAGAGGAAGAGGAAUCUGUCAGAGUCCCUUUGAGAGAAAAAUAUAAUUCACUGCUGCAGAGGCUGAGACAAUGCAACGUACUGGGUAUGAAAUCUCUGUCUUUUUCUUGCAAAAUGACACCAGUUUGUUUUUGCUGUAUGCUGAUUUGGUUGAAAAUCUAAAUGCUUUUCAGUGAAAACACAAACCCCCAAUUCCUUAAGAGUUAGUUAUGAUAAAGAAUAAGAGUUGAAUUAUUUAAAGCCAGUAUUUAAUCUGAAAUAUGCAAAGACAACAUUAUCAAAAGCUUUGUUUCAUGGAAAACAAUGAUUUUGAUUCUAGCAACACAUUUUAAUGCAGUUGGAACAGGGACAGCAAGUGAUUUACCUCUCCACAAGAGACUAGGUAAGGAAAUAGUUUGCUGAUUCCUAAACAUAGGAUUGCAUUAGUGUAAAGAUAUAAUCGACUUACUGUAUGUACAGUACAUCAUAACAUUAAAAGACUGAGAGAGUCUGAAGAAAUCUCUGCACAAGAGGGACAAGGCCCAAAACCAAAACAGGAUGGCUUUGAUUUCAGGCCCUCAGGUGUCACAGCAUUGAAACAGGGUUCCUACCAUAGACUGUAUAUAAGAUGGACAACCUGGUUCCGCCUUCCGCCUGUAUACGGAUUUGAAGUCAAAAAGCUCUCGGUAAUUCUGGGUUUCUCUCCACUUUCUUGAAACCAGAGCUGCACAGUAGCGAUGCGCGCAUUCGGCCGCGCAGUCGCCGAGAGUCCCUGUGAUGACGCUCGGCUCAAACAGCGUAUCCCCCCGGUGAGCGACGCAAUCCCUGAACGCCCAUAGGCUGUACCAGGUGUCAAUCAUAGAAAACAUGAACCCCCUAAUAACUUUUAAAAACGGAGCUGUACAGAAAAAACCAUCCAUCCACCCACCAUCAGAGGGUGCUGUUCUCGGAGUGGCUUCACCCAGCGAGGAGGCAGACUCUGUCCAUUCUAUAUACAGUCUAUAGUUCCUAUGCAAAUAUGGAAAAGUAUGGAAGUAAUUGGAUCAAUUUCCAGGUCUUAAAAAGUAUGUUAAAUGAAAAAUAAAGCAUGGAAAAAUAUCUAUGUUAACAGACUAUAUUACCAGUUAUAAAAUACUGUUUUCUAAAAUAGAAAAGUUGGUAUUUCCAAAAAUAAUUUUAAAAAGUAGGGUAUGGAAAAGUAUGGAAAUUUCAACUGUGUAUAGGAGCCCUGUUGAAAGCAGACAUGACUCUGUUGUGGAAAUCACUGCAUGUGCAUAAAUUCACAGUUUGCCUCUGCAUCUGCAAGUCAAAACUGUUCCAUGACCAUUUCACACAACGUCCUUACUCAACUAGAACUGAUGUUUUAUUUCAGUUCAGUAUCCAUCAAUUUCUCUUCACACUCUAUGUUUUUCCAGAGAUGGAAGAAGAAGAAGAAGACGAAGGGAAUGAGUUGAUGAUGAUAGUGAUCCAGGACAAACGCAGACAGCGAAGGAAACUUCUUGGGCGUUUGAAGAGACACCUGGCCCCACCUGAGCUCCAUCUGUGGGAGAAAGAGGAAGAAGAGGAGGACAAGGGGAGCAAACACGGCAUGGCCAUGCUGAGGCAGCUCUCCCUGGGUACGACACUGAGCACCAGCACCUUAACCGACUGUGGCUUUCCACCAGUGUGCAGUGAUGGAGACACCGCGGAUAAUAUGUCUGAGGCUAUCUCUCCGGACAUAAGUGCCACAGCUAAAACCAGGUGAGUGAAACAGCAGCACAGCCAAGACAAGAGUACCAUUACACAUAACUCAUUUUUGUGUUGUUCUAUUUUUUUGUAUAGGAGCAAAAAAGCUAAGAAGAAGGAAAGAAAACAUGCAAAGAAAGCUGCUGUCAAGAUCGACAGCGUCAUUCAGGAGGAGAGUCAUCCAGGUGAUGCCAAGGAGAGCGAGCAACCUCAACCACCACUUGUUGGUACCUGGGAAUUUGAGCUGGAAGAUGAAGAGUAUCUCAGCUUCCUGGAGGUCUUUUAUAGCUAUGUGUUGGGGAAGGAUACAGCUGAAGGAGGGGAAUCAGGAGGAGAGCUGCCUCUGCUGAAGGGCUUCUCUCCUCAGCUGCGGGAGAAAGAACUGCAUUCUCUGACCUUUGAUGUGCUCACAACUGUUCAGCGUCGUCAAAGAGAUCCGCACCAUUCAGCGAGAAAACACCUGCCGUUGUUCAGAGCUGGCAGCUGCUAUAAGCCGCUAAAACAAAGUUCAACACCAGAGCUGCAAACUUCAUCAGUGGGGAGUGAAGCCCAGGUAUCGAGAACUCCUGUCAGCUCUCUUCCUGGGCUGAAAGCUGGCAGACAAAAAGGUUUGUUUGGCCUCCGACUGCAGAGCAGUGUGCCUUCAGACAGAGAAAUGAAGGGGAGUCUCUUAAGUCAUGAAAAUAGCCCUAAUCGAAGUGCCUUUUCCAAGAAGCAGCCACCAGAGAGCUUCAAAUUUGGCUCCUCAACAUCUAUGGAAGCUGUGACUGACCUUCAGCAAGGCCUAGAUCCGAAACUAGAAGCUGACUUUCCAGAACUGGGCAGGCUGCUGGAGUGGAUGGUACGCUGGGCUGAUAGGAGGGUGCUGCUCAGACACCAUGGCAAAAGGAAGAGAGACAGAGGGGGAGGAGGGGUUGGAGGGACAGCAGAAGAAGGAGUGGUGAUGCGUGUCAAAGCCUCAGCUCCUGCCGUCCUCACGUCUCUCAGCUUGCUGCAAAGCAGAUUCACCGCUCUACUGAGGAACGACCACUACACUGCACACAUCCAAGUUCCACAAACGCAGUGGACGGUUGCCCCAGUGCUGCAUCCUGUGGUUGACGAACAGCUGAACAAAGAGAGCAGUGUGGACACAGGAUACCCUGGAUCUGCAAAUACACCCAUCAUGGGCCUCGACCCCACUUCACAUCCAGAGGAACUGUCAGUGUGAGUGCACACUUUUUUUUAAAAAAUUGUUUGUUUUAAGACUGAGAGGAAAAUAGCACAGAAACAUCACAUCUGUUUGUUUUGUUUGUUUAUCCUUGAUUUCCCUGCAGUGGCUCUCAGACACAUGAACCGGGGGAAGUUGCAUUUCAGAGGACACCUCAGUCUCAUGACCAGGAGGAGCUGACCUUUGAUGCUCAGCAGAGACUGUGCAGUCCCCAGCAGCUGUGUUUGGAUGAUUUAGAUGUUUCACCUGAAAAAGAGGGUAUGAAACAGAUUCAUAUUGUAUCCUAAAAACUUGUUUAAACCCCAGACGCAUAUAACAGACAAUAUUAAUUGAUUUGUUGAUAUUUACAGGCAAAAGUAGUGACAGUGAGGGCUUGGGGGUGUCAUCCUCUGUUUCCAAUUUGGGAAAUCUGCUUGAAUCGGUAAAUAGUAACACUCAGGAUUAUUUCUAUGAGUUUUAGAAGUCUAGUCAAACACACAGUUAACUUUUGUUUUUCUGUGCAGAGUUUAAAGCUUGUGGACUUAGACCUGUCAGACGAGGCCAGAAACACAUCCACUUCUACAUCUCUGUGAGUAUUUAGUUGAUUUUACUAUGCAUUUUUUAUUUGAUGGGUAUUUUUAUGUAUUAUUAAUUUUUUGUAGUUUUUUUCACAAAAUUUCUUCAACACUUUGGUGUGAAAUUCGUCGCCUGGCCUUUGCUGUGUAAUUUCUACAUCAAAUCUAAGAAUUGAUUAGAUCUGUUGACAAGUAAGAUCACACAUACGAGGGAUUUGUUUUUAUGUCUUGGUCCCAAAACUAUGAUGGCAAAAUAACAGUAGAAAUAAAAACAGCAGCUGUAAAGGAACUUUGAACUUUAAACUUUGGGAAUUUCCCCCUGUGGGAAAAAAAAAAAAGUAAAAAAAAAAAAAAAAAAAAAAAAAAAAAACAAUUCGUAAAACAGUCAAAUCUACGUAACAAGAACCUGUAUGCAGAAUUUGCCAGAGCUGUUCAUUUAGGUGGGAAGGUGCACAGUGGUAUGAGUGUAAAAUCAGUACAUACAUAAGCAAGCGAGACAUUAUGCAAUCUAACAAAGUGACAAUGUGUUUGUUGGGUGUUAUGUAAUAUUUUGUACUGUUGUUGAAGUCCCAGUCAGGUUAGGAGCCUUCAAGCAUCACCACAACCAGAACCCCAAGCCCCUCCUACUGUCCAGUCUGGUGCAGAAGUCCACGCAGAGCUUUCUGAUUCACCUGCACUUUCCACCUCAGUGGCAAAUCCCCCAAGUCUUCAGCCACAAAACUCCCCACCUGGAUUACCAGCCGAGGCCUCUGCUGCACCCAGUCAGAUAUUACCCACUGAGGAUCCACAAAUGAGACAGCGUCUAGGGGAAGACUUGUACAGGCUUGUUCAAGUAAGAAGAGACUAACUCAAAAAAUCAUUCUGAUUCAAGGUGGUUUUUUAUCGUCCUUGUUUUAUUUUAUUUUAUUUUAUUUAUUUUACAGAAUAUUAACUACUUGAGCCUGAUGGAGGUUUUAGGAGCUUCAUUCUCCAACCUGCAACUUGCCCAGCAGAGCUCCUCUUUGACCCGGCCCAACAUGAACUCCUCACACCCUAAUGUGCCCUCAUCUUUUGCAACCAACUUUGUCCAGGAACCAAAUGCCUUCCCAGUUCAAACCACUAUUCCUCUGACACCUCAGACACAAGCUUACGUGCCGACUUCAGCAUCCACUAACCUUCAGUUUAGUCAGACCCCUGCAUGUGUGUCUGCAGACCGGCCUGCUAUACAUCCUUUAGGCAGCCACCAUCCCAUCACCAGGAAUCCAGCCUCUGCUUUUAAUGGUGGAGGUGUAAAUGAUCAGGUAUUGCUCAUGUCCUUACGUUGAAAUAAAACUUGAAUCACAGCACAAACUAAAUUAAUUGUAUUCACUCUUUUCUGCAGGAAAUGCAGCCGCUCUCUGUGCAGGCCCUGUCACCAGAAACCCAGUUUAGAGAAAGCAGGAGGUUAAUCCCACCUUCUCAGGGGCUUUUGGCCACAAGCUGUGAUGUUCAUAGUGCCCAUGUGUUACCACCACGAAAUGAUCUUCUAACCCAGUUUUCAGGCUUGAAAUUGCUUCACCUUCAGCGUUCGCCAUUACCCCAGCAGAGUGCCCCACAUCAACCCCAAGUGUUGCACACUUCAAACUCAACAAAGAAGACAAUCAAAGAGAAAAGAAAUGUUUCCUCUAGUCCAAAAAAGCAACUCAUUUUUAAUCAUUCACACAAUCCAACUCCUGUGAUCCCUGAACACAACAUCCAGACAUCAGAAAGAAGCAGGGGGCAUGAGUUCUCGCUACUUCCUCCAGCUUUUCCAGCUCAUACACCUGCACCAACGCAAGGCCUUCGUCUGCUGCACUUCAAGUCUGAUCAACACAAUAGAGUCACGUUUCCAAAAAUAUCCAUGCACCCUUCUUCUAGGCAGUCUACUUUAAUUGCAGCUCCAAAAGAGGAAGUACCUAUCAAGCUUCUACAUUUAGAUUCUGGACUGAAAAUGGUGAGCCCAACUUCCAUCAUUUAACUUUUUUUUGUGUGUGUGUGUGUGUGUGACUUCCUUUAAUCUUGAUAUAUAUCUCUGUCUGUAAAAGAUGUUGCCCCAGGCAGCUCCCUCAGUGCAAACAACUCAUCUCAUGUCCAUGGAAGAGCUGACACAAUCAGUACUGGCCAGGCAGAACGCCGAAGAGGCUCGACUGCAGCUGCUCAGAGUCAACCUACCUCCUGAAAGCACAAGAAGAGAUGCCCCUGUUCUCAGCUCUAAUAACUCCAUCAAGAGGUCAUCACUUAUUACUUUUCAUGGAAUUUCUUUUCUCAUUUUCUCAAAGCUGCGUUUUCCAGUUUUAUGCUCAUUCGGUGAUGUUUGCAGGCAGAAGAGGAGAGAAAGAGCAAGAAAAACAGAAGUCACUUUCAGACCCAAUGAUUCAAUCAUUGUUACACCUGAGGUAAAUUGAUAUGAAUCUUAUUGAGAAAUAUUUCAAGCUUAGUGUAAUUUUACCAUCAUUUAUCCAUUUUACUCUCCAGCCGGCAGAUGAACCUGAAAAUGAAAAGCCUGCAGCUUCAGAAGAGAUCGCUGCAGGACAGAUGUACCUGAUAGAUCUGGUAAGUGUCAAAGACAAACUUAGCUUCACUUGGCUGAUAGAGUUUAUUCCGUGCCAGAGAAAAUCUUUACCAGGUAGUCCUAAUGAAAAAGACAAACAUAGCAAAGACUAGAUUUAUAUUUUUUUUGUCAUGUGUCAAAGUGCAUAAGAAAGUCAAGCCAAUACGUCUCAAAGAAGGAAGAGAAAUUUGCAUUCAAGUGAUUCAGAAUGAGCAUUGACUUUAAAGUGAAAAUGCAUAGCAGCCUCAUAAAACUUACUUUGUUUAUAUUCUUAUGAACGGGGAUAAAAACAAGGUCCUUGUUUUCUUUUGAAACAGCUUCUAAAUAAAGACACUUUGUUAUCACAGCCAUUUUUCCACCGGCCCUUUGGAUAUAAAAUUAAAAAGUUGAUCCUGACUCAUUUUAAAAAUAAUGUCAUGUUUUUUCAACCCUAAUGACCCCUCACUCUUAGGGCCCUUUGACUUUUCAUUGACUGGUCAGAGAUUAUUGGACAGAGCCACGUCUACUGCAGCUGAGCUCCAUGCCUUUGCUUCCACAUGUAAGAGGCCUCCAGAGUGUCAUGAUGCCUUCACAAACACAGAGCCAGGUAAGUAAUGUUGUUACAGAGUUGUUGCUCGUAUUAACAUUUAUAGCAAUACCAAAAAAUGUUUAUGAAUAUGUUUUUUAUUUACACAAAAAUAUGAAUUUGGUCUUUUUCAAAAACCUUUAUUAUUCUUUUAGCUUGUCCUCCUGCACUUGUGGAUAAAGCUGUGUCUGUCUCUGUGUCUGCUCGUAGCCCCAAAUGUAAGUUGUUUUCAGACGACAGAUUCAGUAAUAUUACACUGCGUUCUAUUUGUUAAGUUACAAAUGUGUUUUUAUAUUAAUCUUUUCUUCCUUCUAGCUCAAAGCUCAGGGAAUUUGCAGUUCUUUAACCAUCAUCUGAACACAGAAGAGAUCUCACAUGGACUGGAUGGGAUUCUGGUAACAGACCUCUCAACGAUUGUUUCUUUGGACUUAAAAACUGUGUUUAAAUUAUCCUUUUUUUCACUAACUUGAACUCUACAUUGACUGCAAGGAGAAUAACAUCUCUUAUUUUUUGCAACGAGAGUUUGUGUGGAAUGCUAAACUACAUGAGUCAAUAAAAGAAGAAAAUAAGGAAAAAAAAACAUACUCAGUAGUCCAAAAAAAUGCCUCAACAACGCACAGUGACAUUCUUGAUCAAAUUGAACCCACAUUUUAGCAAACCAAGAUUCUCUGUUUUUGUCCUAAAGGAUCAGGGUGGCCAUCAGUUCAUAAGUGUCUUGGAUCUUGAAGACAAAUCCCUGCACCAGGAUUUGCCUCCCUGUCUCAGCCCAGAAGCACACACUGUACCCUCAAAUCGACCUUCUUCACCUACCUCAGCUCAGCUUCACAUUAUGGCCACUUCUGUUUUAAGGAGUGCUGCUGCGGCUGAUCCACAGCCCUCUGUCACAGUUCCUGAGGAUCUCCUCAAUGCCACCCCUCACUCAGGUUUCUAUGCGUCUUCAUAUUGAUGCUUCAAAGCUCUUUAUUCUCAACAUAAUCACACUAUAACCUGUCCUGAAUAUCUGUUGUCGUAUGUUCUGUAGAUAUCCAGGAGGAGUCACCUUCAUGCAGCCACAUUGAGCCCAUGAGAGAACCAGAGAGAGUCAUUCUAGAGGACGUAGAGGAUCCAUCUGACUCAGAAAUCUUUCAAGCCAUUAAGGACCAGAGCAUCAGAUCUCAAAAGACCUCAUCAGUGCCUCCUGAAGUCUGGUUCUCUUCACACUUGUCUGAGCUGGAUGCCCAGUUAGCUGCUCUGCAGAACAUCGCUGACUAUCUGGAGAUGGACUUUUCAAACUCCAGGAUGGUACAGAAGCACAUGCUUUUUUCAUGCUCAUGUAUUUUAUUGAUGAAAAACAAGUUUAUAAACUGGCUUUGUAGUCUAAUACGCUGUAUGACCCCUUUGUUUCUCUGCAGCUGGUGAACACGAUUGAAAAGCUCACUCCAGCUUUGGCUCCUGAUAAAGGAAACAGAAAGAAUGUGAAAAAAACUGUCAGACUCUCCGUCCCACAAGAAGGUACGACCAAACUCUGUCAACUGUCACCCAAAAUGUGAUGAAUUCAACAAAAACUGUGAGCCCGUGCAAACCAAAUUCAAUCUUCAAGCAAGUUUAAUACAACAAUAUCAAUAUCUGACACUAUAAGCAGGCGCCAGAUCUCAACGAGGAUUAACAGUUAAUUCUCUUUCUCUGUCUCUCACAGCAUGGGCGCCACGAUUAAAGCCUUCGAAUGAAUCAAGUGCCUUCGCAGAAGAGGAAGACGAUCAGGAGGAAAGAGCUGUGAUUCAUGAUGACUCCGUCGCUCUCACAAAGAAGCCAUUGUUUCGUUAUUCAGCUUCUUCCUGUGAUCAAAAAGCUGGUCCCUCGCACCCUUACACUCCACCAAGUAAAUAACAAUAUCCUUCAAUAUUACUUUUAUUUAUUUAUGUAGCAAAUGUAACAAAUACAUUAACAGCCAAUGGACACAAUAAUGGAAAAUUUAUAUUUAUAAGUUAAAACUUAAUUAAUUCUGAAAAAAAGACAAUAGAUUAUCAUUAAAUAAAAAAUACAGUGUAUGAUCAAAUAUGAAGCUGAUUGGGGUUAAAAUGUAAGGUAACGAUGCUUUAAAAAAGGACUAAAAUUUGUUUAUACAUGAAGUGACAAAGCAAGCUAAGUCAGAUUAUAUCGUCAAGUCCAGAUACAGUGGAGGUAACACAUUAAGUGAUAUUAAACAUGAUAGUUAAUGAUAAUGAGAAAAUGAGAAUGAUACUUAACAUAAAGUUAUUAGCAAAUUGGAUGGAUCCAUAUUGCAUACGGUAUUAAAAGGAAUAUUAAACAUAGUGAUGAGCACAGUAUUGUUGAUGAUAAUACCUUGUAUUAUGAUAGAAAAGAGUAAUGCACAACAUAGCUAAAAUAAAGAAGUAAUAUUGCAAAUGAUAUGAAAUGAAAAAAGUAUGUAUGUAUAUUAAAAAAUUGUAAUGAUUGGCCAUGAUGAGUGACUUGAUAUAACCUGAUAUUAAACAUUCUGAUGGUUACUUUUUUCGCACAGGAAUGAAAGAUCGAAUGACUGAAGCAUCUGUAACAUCCUCGCUGUAAGUUCCAGUAAAUCUGUCCAGUUUUAGUGUUUCAGAUUUUUCUUUGUUGAAUUCUAAAAGACUCUGCUCUCCUUCUGUCCAUCUCCAGAUUUGCAGAUGAAGAUCUGGGUCAGACUGGGUUAUCUGAUACAGCAGAAAUCUUAGAUGAGUUGGUGAAGGAAGGCUACCUAUCCCUGACUGACCUGGAUUGGUCUCUUCCGCAGACUGCACAUCCCCCCAGGUAAUGUAUCUGCUUUAGUUCAGGGCUGUCCAUAUGAUCAUUGAAACAACUGAGACUGUUACUAACCUGAAAAGUAAUGUGACCUCUUUGCAGCAAGGAGCAGCAGCAGCAGCAGCAGCAAGGUGGGUGGAUAUCGCAGAAACUGGGCCGUCCAGAGGAGGAGAGGAGGGAGCUGAGGAUCUGGAUGAGAAGAAAACAGAGAGAACAGCUGGCUGUUUAUCAGAAACAUAGAGCAAGCUUGAGGGAAAGAGAACAUAAACCUUUCUCUUCCUCAGGAACAGCAGUAAGUAUUGUUUACCUCUUUACUAGAGCUGAUACUCUUAUAAUUUACAGUUUUGUUCUUUUCAUCCACAUUAUUUGUUUCUUUUUUUUUUAACCGGCAGAAAUCAGCAGACAAAGAAACAAGUGAACGGAAAAGCAAAGGAGAAAAUGAGAAGUAUGUAUCUCUUGACACGAAUUAAAGAAGAUAAAUAUUCAUGCCUUUAACUGUCCCAUUUGAUUUGAUAGAUUUCAUCUCCUGGAGCAAUACAACCAGAGGACACAGGAGGCUUUUUCAUUAGCAAGUGAUUUUAAUGCUGCUCCACCAACUCUAUUCUCUCUGUCACGGACUGGAGUUUUAUCAGUGCCGCUAGCUGCACGAUCCAACUCUGCUCCACCACUUGGCAGCACUUACAGGUAUCCCCUCAUCUUAAUAAUCUGACCAGGAUCCCCUUUUAUUAAAAGAUUUACUGAACCAGUUGUUCCACCACUCCCAAAUCUGUUUGGAGUGAUUAUCUAAUCUUGGAUAUGAAAGUAAUGUCUCUUUGGGGUUUUCAGUGUACCUGCCAGUGAUAAAAGAAGUUUAAAAUCAGGACAAGCUCAACCCAACCUUCGACCAUCUACUUCAGAGAUACAUCGACGGCUAUCAGAGGAUCACCGCAGGAGACUAGGACUACAUAGACCAGGUUUUGUUAAAAGAAAAUUCAUCUGCUUUUGUCAAACAGUAAUAUCAAAUUAGACACUCUCGUUGACUCUGUAUUUUUAUAUGUUAGCAACCUCUCUGCCAAGGGAUCGGCUGUCACAGGUGACCAGACGGGGAAUGAUCAGCAACACAAAGAGCCAAUCGAAACAGCAAACAUCAGGCCAGAAUAAGGAUCAGCAUGUUGGGCGCCAGACAGGUCUGAACAGAGGUCCUCCUGGGGGGACAGAUGCAAGGAGGGGAAUCCUGAGGGGAGGAACAGAUGUGAAUACUGGGGAGCUCACUUCAGACAUGAACAGGGUGCUAGACACCAAUCUGUCUGACAGAGUAAGAGUCACAUUAUAGUAAAAUCUGAGAAACACAAUCUAACACUGUGUCACUUUAGAUGUAGUUCUGGUUUUAUGAAUAUGUUUUACACUUUUUAGGUUGAGACUGAGCUGCUGGAUGAGCAGGAUGAUGAAGCCGGAGCCAGUGGGUUGGACUUGGACUGGCUGGACAACCUUUCUGAGACUGGCAGCAGCCUCAGCAAAAUAGACUGGGCUGCUAUUGAGAAAAUGGUUGCUGCAGAGGAGGGUUAGACUUAUGGGUCAUUAAGAAAUAAAAAAAAAUAAUGACAAAAAGGAAGGUAUAUAAUACCAAAAAGACACCCCAGUGGGUUGUUUAUUAUUCGGGGUGUUCUGAGAUUUUCUGUGCCUUGAAAAUGUAGAUUGAAUCUGCAAUAAUGAUAACAGCAAUUGUAAAUUAGAUGCCAUCUACUUUGACAGAGUUUAUUUUAGAGUAAAUUAGUUGCACCACAAUUUAUAUGUGACAUUUUAAUUUGUUUCACUUGUAUUUAUUUUUUGCACUUAAAUCUUAGUGCCAUUUUUAUGUCAAGUUUUUUUAUUUUAUUCCUGCAUAGACUUUACUGUCCCUACAACUUGUCUGGUUUCUCCUCACUCUCAUUGUUAUACUGGUCCAUGUAGCCUGAUGGUGCUUCCAACUGGAUCACUUAUGCAUGGUUAAUAUUUGACACUACUUCCUUUUUUCAUUUAACCCCUAAGACUGAAUAAUCCACAUUUUUUAAAGCUAAUUUAUCCCUUCUUCAGUCAAUUCGCUGCCUUGGAUUUUCCAUCAAAUCUGCAUUGUACAAGACUUUUGCACUAAAACUGGCACCAUUUUGUUUGAUAUUCUGUUGAGUACUGUAAAAUUGUAUUGUUCUUUCCCUUUACAUUUAAAUAGUAAAAGUUUUCCUUCAAGCA